AUGGUGCGCUCGCUCAACUCCAUCGUGGCCGUCAGCCAGAACAUGGGCAUCGGCAAGGACGGGCGGCUGCCCUGGCCGCCGCUGAGGAACGAGUACAAGUACUUCCAGAGAAUGACGAGCACGGCCCGCGUGGAAGGUAAACAGAAUGCACUGAUAAUGGGUAAAAAAACGUGGUUCUCCAUUCCUGAGAAGAACCGUCCUUUAAAAGACAGGAUUAAUAUUGUGCUCAGCAGGGAGCUCAAGGAAACCCCGAAAGGAGCACAUUAUCUUUCCAAAAGUCUGGAUGAUGCUUUAGCUCUUUUGGAUACACCAGAGUUAAAAAGUAAAGUAGACAUGGUUUGGAUCGUGGGAGGCACUUCAGUGUACAAGGCAGCAAUGGAGAAGCCAAUUCAUCAUCGAUUGUUUGUGACAAGAAUCUUGAAAGAAUUUGAAAGUGACACAUUUUUUCCAGAAAUUGACCAUAAAGACUACAAGCUUCUAACAGAGUACCCAGGUGUCCCUGCUGAUAUUCAGGAAGAGAAUGGGAUCCAGUACAAAUUUGAAGUGUAUGAAAAAGCUGUUGUGGCACAAUAAGGGAGGCAUUUUGUACUUCUGUGUAAGGGCAGGUAUUUUAAACCAUGAAGUUUUAUUGAGUUUAAAGAUACAUUAAAUUUUUGAAGAAAAUCAUGCCUGAUGGUAAAAUUCCUCAGUAGUGAGUAAUUCCAAAAACCACACCCCACACUUUGAAGGUCCACCCUGCAGAAGGGGGUCUGAGCAAUUGCACAACAAAGGUUGCACGAGACCUUGAACUGAUCUUACAAUCCAUGGCAGCAUCCUGACAAUUCCAAGGGAAAUGAAAGGCAUUAGCCUAUGUCAGAGCUUUUCUACCGAAACAAAGGGUUUUAGUAUCUAUCUCCUUGCCCAAAACAUCCAGCUCUGAGAAGGCACCAAUCCUCCCAGGUUUGACUGGGAUGUUGUAUACAUUUAGACAGCCUUUAAAAUGUGUGGGUGUAGAGGUAAAGGUAAGCAAGCCCAGCAGGAGAAGGGGAAUUGGGAAGUCUCAGGCAGCACUUGAGGGAUGCACAGAGCCAGGACCUGUCACUCCAGGGUGGGUCCCCUCACAGAAGCCACCCCUGCAGCCCCCCUGCACCAAGCCUGGCCACAUAAACCCAGCAAAAUCUUGAAAAUAAGCUUUAAUAUUUCCCUAGGUUCACAGCUGUGUGAAAGCUUUGCUGCUCUCAUAAAAAGUCACUGUGUCAGUUUGACCACAGCCACUUGAAAGUGGAAGAAAAUACACAUUGAUUUCUUAAAAGUCUGUGUUCCUAUGUUCCUGCCAGGCAUUAUAAGUAAAAAUGCAGUUUGUCAGUGUGAUUUUGAGUUAUCUAUGUGACAAAUAUGGAUUGUCAGCAAUAGUGGAGUGGCUCUGUUUCAUCUUUAUUAAAUAAAUACAAAAAUACUAAAAAUAUCAAAUAAACUGGCAUAAUUUA